AUGCCUGGCUUAACUGCAGAAGAAGAGAGGCUACAAGAUAUCAAGUACAGACAAUGGGGUCCAUACGUUUCUGAAAGAUCUUGGGGAACAGUUCGGGAAGAUUAUAGUAGUGAUGGAAACGCUUGGGACUCAUUCAAGUUUGAGGAUUAUGCCCGUGUUUCCCGUUGGUCACAGGAUGGGUUGGCUGGUGUUUCCGAUAGACGCCAAUUGGUCAACAUCACUAUGGCGUUAUGGAAUGGUAAAGAUGACAUUUUGAAGGAGAAAUUGUAUGGUUUGACUAAUAAUCAAGGUAACCAUGGUGAAGAUGUUAAGGAAUUGUAUUAUUAUCUCGACAACACUCCUUCACAUUCAUACAUGAAGUAUUUGUACAAGUAUCCACAAAACAAGUUUCCGUAUGAGGAGUUGAAGUUGGAGAAUGCUAAAAGAUCACGAUUGGAAAAAGAGUAUGAAAUCACAGACACUGGAUUGUUUGAUGACAACGAAUAUUUCGAUGUUGUAUUUGAAUGUGCCAAGGACUCACCCGAUGACUUGUACUUCAGAAUCACCGCUUACAAUAGAAGUGAUAAGCCAGCUCCUUUGCACUUGUUGCCAAAUGUUGUAUUGAGAAACACUUGGGCUUGGGGUGUCAAGGAGAGUGUUAAUGAACCCAAGCCUCAUUUGAAACAAGUAAACGAUUACACCAUCGAAGUGGAGACACACAAAUUUGGUAAACGUUACUUGUCAUUUGCCCCAUCGGCUGGUAUCCAUGAGGAUUCCCCCGAUGUGGAACCAAGACUUGUGUUUACUGAAAAUGAAACAAAUACCAAGAAAUUGUAUGGACAAGAAAACAAAAACAAGUUUGUUAAAGAUGCUUUCCAUGAGCUAGUUGUUCAUGGCGAUGAAAAAGCGGUUAAUCCAGAUAAGGAAGGUACACAAGCAGCAGCUUGGUAUGUUUUUGACCAAGAUGGCGGUGUGCCCCCUGGAGAUUACGUAACCAUUCGUUACAAAUUCACAAAGGACAAUUCUGAUGUCGAUGAAUAUAAAUUGGAUCAAAUUUUCAGUAAGCGUCAAAAUGAAGCUGAUCAAUUUUAUUGGAAAGUUUCUCCGUUGCCAAUUAGUGAUGAAUUGAGACAAAUUCAAAGAUAUGCAUUUGCGGGAUUGUUGUGGUCAAAACAGUUUUACCAUUUUGUUCACAAUUAUUGGGCAUACGGUGAUCCAAAUACUGUUAAACCACCAGUGAACCGUGCAAAUGGUAGAAACAAGGAAUGGAAGCAUUUGUAUAUCGAUGAUAUUUUGUCAUUGCCUGAUAAAUGGGAGUACCCCUUUUUCGCUGCUUGGGAUACGGCAUUCCAUUGUAUUCCCUUUGCCAUGAUUGAUCCAUGGUUCGCCAAGAAUCAAAUUGAUCUCUUGUUGAGAGAAUGGUAUAUGCACCCCAAUGGACAGAUUCCCGCGUAUGAAUGGAAUUUCAGUGAUGUUAACCCCCCGGUGCAUGCCUGGGCUGCUUAUAGGAUUUUCAAAAUUGAGAGGAAAAUGUAUGGACGUGAAGAUAUUGAUUUUUUGGAAAGAGUGUUUCAAAAAUUGAUGUUGAAUUUUGCAUGGUGGGUUAAUAGAAAAGAUGCUGAGGGGAACAAUAUUUUUGAAGGUGGGUUCUUGGGGUUGGACAAUAUUGGUGUGUUCAAUAGGUCGGAAGCUUUGCCCACUGGAGGUAACUUGGAACAAGCUGAUUCCACUGGAUGGAUGGCGUUCUUUUCGUUGCAGAUGUUAAAUAUUGCGUUGGAGUUGGCCAAGACUAGACCCGUUUAUGAAAACAUUGCCUCGAAAUUUUUUGAGCAUUUUGUAGUUAUUGCUGAUGCAUUGACAUUUAGAGGUGGUGAAGGUGAUAAUGAGUCGUCUACGAAAAACUCACUUUGGGAUGAAAAUGAUGAAUUUUAUUAUGAUGCAAUUAGAUAUGGGGAUCACCACACUCAAUCGCUUCCGGUCCGGUCAUUGGUUGGGUUAAUCCCUCUUUAUGCUUCUUUGACGUUGGAGCCCGAGUUGUUGGAAAGAUUCCCAUCAUUCAAGAAGAGAUUGGACUGGUUUGUACAUCAUCGGAAGGAAGUUGCUGAGAGAAAUAUUGCCUCGAUGGAAACUAGAGGUGUUGGUGAGAGAUUGUUAUUGUCGUUGGUGUCGAAGGAGAGACUUGUGGCGAUCUUGAGCAGGAUGUUGGAUGAAAAGGAGUUUUUGUCGCCGUAUGGUAUAAGAUCAAUGUCAAAGUAUCACAAGGACCAUCCAUUCACUAUGGAAGUCAAUGGUGAAGUAUUCAAAGUUGAGUAUUUACCUGGUGAGUCUGAUUCAGGUAUGUUUGGAGGUAACUCCAACUGGAGGGGACCAAUUUGGUUCCCCACUAAUUUCUUAUUGGUGGAAGCUUUGCAGAGAUUUUACUUGUACUAUGGCCCCGACUUGAAAGUUGAAUGUCCUACGGGGUCAGGUGAAUAUCUCAACUUGGCGCAAUGUGCGCAAGAAAUUCAGCAUCGUUUGAUUCACUUGUUCUUGCCUGAUGAAGAUGGCAAUAGAGCAUGUAAUGGUGAUGAUGACUUGGUCAAUAAAGACCCCUUUUUCAAAGACUAUGUCCCAUUCUAUGAAUAUUUCGAUGGAGAUACAGGUAGAGGAUUGGGUGCUUCUCAUCAGUGUGGAUGGACUGCAGUUGUUGCCAAAUGGAUUCAUGAUAAUGGGGUCACUUGUAGAAUACCAAAGACUCCAAGAACACCAAUCAAUAGAAGAAACUCAUCGGUGUUGUUGCAUGAUAGCGCAAGCACGGAGGAAGAUAUGAAGAAAUAUAGACCCAAGUCAGGCCCAUUCUCGGGUAAAUUGGUUAGAAGAAAGUCGGGUAAGUCGUUGCUUAAUUUAACUGUCAACGCAUUGGAUCUCAAUGAUGAUGAGGAGGAGGCCACGGCAAAAGCUGCAGUCUGCACCCAGCUCGAUGGAUUAGACCAUGGUGUUUGUGUUACCGAUGAUAUUUUGAAGAAGGAAUUGACUGAGUUGCAAAAGACUCAAUCUGGGACAUCAAUUGAUUCAGGUGAUGAAGUUGAUGAUGAGUUUUUGGAGCAAGUCAAGGCUGCUUUCAAGAAAUACAAAUCGAGGACAGAUGACGAUGAGAAUGUUUCUGGAGAUGAAUUUGAGACUAGACUCCAUGAUAAGUAG